AUCUGUGAAUAGGAGCUCCCAGGGAAAGCUGUUCGUCUUUCAUACUGGCGUAUCACGAUGCGCUGCACCCCAGGCCAUGAUCUAUCCACCUCCAUCUUCUUUGACCCGUUUGAACCCGUCGUAAUUCACCACUCCAAAAAUGGCUAUCACACGUAGUUUUUCAGAAUACCCACCAAGGAGUUAUCAUUACUACUUUUCAAGCCCAUAGUGGAUAUGCAAUCCAUUGAUUGUCUUGAAUGGUAUUGGCUUUGGCGUGAUGGCAUGCUACGCGGCAGUUGCACAUAUUUCUUCACAGGUGAGACCAAACAUCAAUCGCUUACAUUGGAGCUUUCUCUGUCAACGCAGUUUCAAAUUGAUGCGGCUCUUCGCUGUGGCAGUGAUACAGUCCGUUGUCGAUUUUCUUCAAAGCGCAGGUCUGAAUUCCUACAGUAGCUACUGUGGCGUCUAUUGAUUUGCGUAGGCUUGAAGAACUUAUUAAAAAGUGCGAAAUCUAUCUCAAACCUAAUGGGGAGUCUUGCACCAUCUUUCCUUCAAUCACUUUUUUAAGGUUUUUGUAUUGAAGAAUGUGACGAGGAUACUGCAAGUAGGAACCGUUUUCUCCAUUGGUAGCUAUGGAACACAUUACAGAUGCGUGACAGGGAGUAGAGCCGCACAGAUGUAAUUAGUUUCAAUCAGGAUGAACUAACAACCGUGUAGGCCUUGCAGGUUCAUAUCUCCGUGCAGUUCCAAGGGGAAUAAUCUUUCCGGAUUGAUGGGUGCAAUAAGUCUAUUUUCCAGCUGCUGCAAUUAAUGUAUUUGGCGAACGAGGCAGUGCCAAAUUUCGUGUGUAACAGUCCCGAGAAACCCGCCCAUUCAGACUAAAUAAAGUUGAAGUUGAGGUGCUCUAGAAGGAAUCUUUUCAACCUUCCCAUUGAGGCAGAUAAGUACUCUAAUUCGGAAAUCUUGGGCAUAUAUUUCUAAAGCAGAACCAGAUAUUCGGAGCAUAACUAGCAAUUGCACAUCUAUUUAUCUACAAAAGCAAGGUGAACAUGCGAGGAAUUCCAAGAAUGCCUAAUGUGUGAGUCUAUCUAGAUGCGAUGUAAGACUAGAGGACGGACUUUGGACCAGUUAAUGAAUCAGAUAGGGUUAUCGUUUUUAUCACUUCGAAAGCACAUUAUGAGUUUGUAGAAGCUCAGAACAUCUGGACAUUUGGGGCUAAGUACGUAAUCUUACAACUCAUCCAAUGCACACUAAUAUUGCAUAUAUCGCACGGGUUAUGUAGCAGAUAAUCAUUGUAAUUUUCCGGCCGCAAUACAAGUCUGUCUAUCAUCUAUUUCGUGUCAUGAAUAAACGAAGCGAAAGUUCUCCAACAACUUAUACCAGAAAACAUUUUCAAGACGCCGUAAUACUCAUCGAUCCGUCGAAAGCAACUCUCUCAGCGAGCAUGCGAGAAGCGUCUUCAAAUGAUGUGAAGUUUUGGACUAAGAGGCAAUGAGAUACGGUUAGAGACGAGCGAACAGGCUUCGAAUGGGCACUGAGGGUUUAUUGCGCGAAAUCUAUUCAGAAGUUGCGAGUUUUGAGAUCAGCUUAAAUAUGAUACGCUAGUUAACAUA